AUGUCCAUCAUCGUCUCCGAUGCCUUCUCUACAACAGCCAAACGGCUAACGCACUACCAAACACUCGGUCUUCCUCAAGAUGCCUCGAAGGCACAGAUAAAGUCGCAUUUCUAUAGGUUGAGUAAACAACACCACCCGGAUCUUUCUAAGGAUCCCAAGUCCCGGGAGGCCUUCAGUAAGAUCAAUGAAGCCUACCAGGUUUUAAUCAACGAUAGAGACAGGAGAGCGUAUGACCGCAGCUUGAUGUCGCGUGGUCCACCCUUGAACCAAGGGCACACCCCAUACUCGCCUCAUGCUCCUCCACCACGAACACCACGGGCCACACACGCCUGGGAGUACACUUACUCGACCCGAACCGCCAAGGGUACCUACACCCACCACGCCCGCUCGACAGGCGGCUUCAAGAAACCACAACCGGACUACGACCUACAUGGCAAUCGGGCAGGUCCCGGCGGUGCCGCCUUCGCCAGCCGACCGUUCACCCGACCGCUGUACUACGACGUCCUCACGGGCCAGAGGAAACGGGAAGAAGACUUCCAUCGCGAAGUCGACAAAGUUCGGAAUACGUCGAUGACAUGGAGGGCGACUCAAAUUUCUGCAUUCAUUAUGGCGGGCAUUUCAAUAUUCGGAGGGGAUCGAGUAUGCACAGGCCCAGACGGGAGGGAGUACCGCUGGGUGUUGGGAGAUUCCAAGCCGGAGCUCUACCUCAACGACAAAUCCAAGACCCUCAUCGCCAAGUACCACCUCAAGCACUACGGGAUCAUCAAAGACGCUCGUCCAGCUUCCCUCGAGAUCUACGACUCUCGGUUUGAAUUUCCUCCAGAAUCGCAGUUGCCGCCUCCGGACGAGGGCGAACGUACGAGAAAGAGUGCACGCAUGGUCGACUGGAUCGUCACCACCUUUGUGUAUAUCGCCAAGUUGAGAGAGGAUAGAGAUAGUGCGCAAACCACUGCAGCGAUUGGUUAG